CAUUAUGCCGUUUGACACUUAUUCAAAUUCUAGAUGCUCUAUAAAAUUUUCAAUGUUUCAUCACAGGUGGCUUUCACCUAUUUGCUUAAAUUGCUCUUUUGGACAUGCUAAAAAUGCUAAUUAUUUUACACACUAUCAUUACCUUACUGGUGCUUUUGGUCUUUCAAAAAAUAUUUCUGCUUGUUUAAAAACCAAUAAUAGAUUCUUUAAAGAAUUUGAUCGAAUGUUUUUCUCCAUUAUUUUUACACAUCCUCUGAAUGUUUUCCCCACUACUCAG